AUGCCUGCUACAGUUGAGCAAAAAACUAUUGAUCCCGAAGCGGAGCUCAGUAAUGUACAAAGAACGUUCCAAAAGCUCGCGCCGAUGUGCAGUGUGGAGAAGCGUGCUGCUGGCAUUCCACAGCUGGCCCCACAAGAGAAACAGCUGGACAUACUGGCCCAUGAACUCAAAGAGACCCUACUCUGCAUCACUCUCGCUACAAAAGGCCAGCAUGCUCUACGCGACAAUAUGGUGAAGAGUGGCACAAAACACUCCAUCGUGGAGUACGAGCACCUAGAAUCUGUGUUACGAGAUGAGAAGGCCCAACAGGCAGAGCUGGACUGUCUUAACUACUUGGCUCAGAAACAGCUGGUUGAAUUACUGAAACGAGUACCUACAGAAGCUGAUGAGCUGGCGAUGAUAGAGAACGCAAACAACCGUCUGAAGCGUAUGGAGAACAGACUAGACUUGGCUACCAAACGUUUCUGUGUAGUCAACGCGGACAACAAAAGGGUCAGAGAAGAAAUACACAGACUCCUAGUUGAGAGAAAUGACUUCAACAUCCAAUGGAAUCGCACCAUCGGCAAGCUGGUGAAGGGUAAAGAGUAUCUUAUGGACAUAUUCGAGAUCGCUGCCGUAGCGUUUGGUAACAGAGACGAAUGCUGUAGAAAACUAGAUGCCCUAAAGUGGAAAGGACUUUUCCAACUGAACAGAGAUAUAUCGGAAAUGCAAUCAUAUGAAGGUGAGCUGAACCACUUGGCAAAAUUAGAAGAAUUCCUCCGUGUGAAAGGUUCGCGGAGGAUCUGCGAGGCGGACGAAAAGGAAGAAAUUAAGCGACAAGAAGAGAUACAGCGAUGCGAGCAGGAAAUAGCGAGACAUGACACUUUGCUUGAAUCUAUAUUUGAUUACGCCAGAACUGACAGAGUAGCGACUAUUAUUAACCAUUUCAAGAUAGUUGAGAUCGAAAACUUCUCUACGUUUGUUCUGCUCUGCGAAGUACUGCAGGAGUCCAUCAUCGUGAGGAGAGAGCUCGAAAUACUGCGUCAGAGGAUUUUCGAUCAAAGGGACAUAAACGAAGCACGCGAUGAAACCCAGGACAAGAAGAUGGCGGCUAUGUCAUUGGAAUUAGAGCAAAGACGCGCGCGCACACAACAUAUGCAGGACCUGAACACUGCCGCAGAUGCCACCAUCGUUAAAGUGCUGAAGGGCAUCGAUGACUUAGUCAGAUUGGCAAGAUGUGACUUUUCCCCACUCCUGUCGCUGCUCGGAAACCACAAAGAAGUAACCAAAUGGAACGUUUCCAAAUUCCUUAGAAUACUGGAAACUGAAGUCAAAACUCUCAUCGAAGUAGCAUAUGGUGCUGUUAAGCCACCAGCGCCGACUCCUAAAGCGCGUAAAGGUCCAGCUGGUCCCGCUGCACCCAAACUUGUAGCAGACCCUUAUGUGGAGCCCCUACAUCCCAAUAGGAUUGAGAAACUGGUGCCCUACCAGCCUUGCGCAUAUUGCGUUGAAGAUUAUAUAAUGAAUCUGGUCUUCGAGACACCGGCUGUGCCAGCUGACAAGGAAUAUGUCGAGAGCAUAUUCCGUCUAGAAGACGUCAACACCAAAUUUGGCAUAUAUACACUCACUAUACCAGCAAAACGCCAUCCGUACAGAGGACCGAAAAAAGACUAA